GGCGUUGCCACCUGAUGCAAUAACAGCAGUACAAUUCAACUAUAUAUUUUUUAACGCAAUUUUAAACGUUUUUUCGUUUUAAUAAAUGAUGAUUACCACGGAAGAUGUUUGGCAGGACCUUGUUGGUAUUAGCGCUGAUCCGCCAGACAGACGUGAUAAAUGCGAACGGUGCAAACGACCCGUCGUUGUUUGCUGGUGCUCCUCACUGCCUCAGCCUCCCGUUGCGGUGGCAUCCCAAAUUGUGAUUCUGCAACACCCUGCCGAAGAAAAACGUUCGCUGCGCACGGCUCUUAUGCUGCAGCUAGGUCUAAAGCCUGGGAAAUGCGUGGUCUACAAGGGCAAGCGCUUCCCCAAUACUCGUCACCCACCUGAGCUGCAGCAUGUUCUUGACUCGCCCCAGACUCUUCUACUGUAUCCCAGCAAAGAUUCGGUGCCAUUAGAAGAGAUUGAUCGCAGCGCGGGACCAUAUACCUUGGUUCUCAUUGAUGGCACCUGGCCUCAAGCAAAGGCAAUCUAUGCCAGUAGUCCGGAUUUGCACCGACUGCGACAAGUCAAACUCAUUGCGGUGGGUGUAAGCGACUAUAUAAUACGUACACAGCCUACUGAGGGCUGCUUAAGCACGCUGGAAACCGCGGCACAGUGUUUAGCAGUGCUGGAAUCCCAGCCAGAGUUGCGCCAGGUGCUGGUCCGCCCACUGCAUGCACUGUGCAAAUACCAGCUGGACAAUGGUGCCGUGGAGCAUCAGUCGAAAGAGUUCCUGAUGAAAACCAAUCAAUAUCCCAAACCGAUUGGUAAGAGGCUAAGUCGCUUAUUGAACUAUAGCAAUACGGUCUGCGGCAGUGCCACGCCCCUUGAGCAACAGACGGUUACGCAGGAGUCUAGAUGAGA